AAGUUUUCAGCGCUGAUUUGAGAUAGCUGUACGGUAGACAGAAAAUUAUAUUGAAUUAGACAGCUGUACCGACUCUGAGCUUACGUGCGCGGAUAAUACUUGAAAGUUUCUCGCCGCUAGAUGUCCGCGGUAUCGCAGCUGGCUGUGUAAUCGUGUAGGAAAAAUGUUUCGAACGGAAAAAAUGUUCGUGGUUUUACCGUAAGCAAAAUAUAUGCAUUCUCUGGGUAAAUGCGGAUCUCGUGAUAGUAUGUUAUGACUAGUCAGCCCUUAAGUAAUCACAAUGUAAAUGCAUUUUACUAUCCAUUCUCGACAUAUGUAUUUAAUAAGUGAUCCAUUCGCAUUCGUUAUUUGCGCGUGUUUAUGCAUCCGCAUACUGGCGCACAGGUGGGCGUUAAUCAGGACGGCGUAGCGCGAAAAAGAUACGCUCGAGGAAUGUAGCGAUACAACACCAAGUCGGAUUUAACAAGAUAGUGAGCGGCACGAACGUAUGUCAAAUAAAAUGUUACGAUUCCUGUCACGGCGAAGAGCACGUAGUGUCAGCGGGCAAACCGCGUCCUCCCAAAUCAAAAACCAACGAUUGCUCAGCAACAAGAAUGUUGUUCAAUGCAGAGUGGUACUGCUAGACGGGACCGAUCUGCCUAUUGAAUUAUCAAAAAAAGCAUUGGCUAGUGACUUAUAUGAACAGGUAUUUUAUAGUUUAGAUUUAAUAGAGAAGGAUUAUUUUGGACUGCAAUAUACUGAUAGCAAUAAUGUUCAGCAUUGGUUGGAUCCAACAAAACCAAUAAAGAAACAAGUAAAAAUUGGGCCACCUUAUACUUUACGGCUGAAAGUAAAGUUUUAUUCCUCAGAGCCUAAUACAUUACGUGAAGAGUUAACAAGAUAUCAGUUCUUCCUGCAACUAAAGCAAGAUGUUUUGGAAGGGAAACUUCAUUGUCCUCACCAAGUUGCAGUUCAGUUAGCUGCUUUGGCUCUGCAAUCUGAACUUGGUGAUUAUGACCCCACAGCGCAUAGCGCUGCAACAGUAUCAGAAUUCCGAUUUGUACCGGGUCAAACAGAGCAAAUGGAACUGGAAAUACUUGAGGAAUAUGCAAAAUGUUCUGGCCUUAGUCCAGCUCAGGCUGAAUCAACUUACCUUGGUAAAGCCAAAUGGUUAGACAUGUACGGAGUAGAUAUGCAUACUGUCCUUGGAAAAGAUGCCUGUGAAUAUUCCUUGGGUUUAACUCCGACUGGAAUCUUAGUUUUCGAAGGCACACAAAAGAUUGGCCUAUUCUUCUGGCCUAAGAUUGGUCGUCUGGAUUUUAAAAAAAAGAAAUUGACCUUGGUUGUGGUGGAGGAGGAUGAUGAAGGCAGAGGAGAGCAAGAGCACACAUUUGUAUUUAGAUUGGUUAAUGAGAAAGCUUGCAAGCAUUUAUGGAAAUGUGCCGUAGAACAUCAUGCUUUUUUUAGAUUAAGAGCCCCUGUUAAAGGUGCUAGUGGACGUCAAAAUUUUUUCCGUAUGGGUUCCCGGUUUCGUUAUAGCGGUAAAACUGAGUUCCAAACGACUCAGUUAAAUCGAGCACGUAGAACCGUACAGUUCGAGCGUCGACCGAGUCAAAGAUACGCUCGAAGACAAAGCCACGUUUUAAGAGAACGACAGCGACAACAAGUAGAGCAGCCAGUAACUUCACCGCCUCCUACUGAGGAACAACCUCUGCAACGUCAACCAAGCCAAUGUAGUACAAAGUCUUCAGAUUCUAGCAUACAUGGUACAUCCUCGCCAUUAGUAGAUUCCUUAUUGAAAUCACUCGCCAAAGAUCAACAACCUUUGGAAGCCAGAAAUCAAACGACAGUUGCUAGCUCCGAAAAAGAAUCUGAGCCAAGGAAAACAAGUCUAACUAUUGAAAACAUAACAAAUCCAGUGCAAUUAGUGCCAAACAAUCAAGUAGGCGGUACCUCGUCACUGCCACCUCGUACACCCAUACCGCCUGAAUCACUGAAAUGUAACAUACUAAAAGCGAAAUCGCUGGAACAAGGAAAGAAUUCUAAUUUAGUUUCGAUCACUUCCACGGAUGUGCCUGCAGUUGUUUCAAAGAACAGUCAACAUUCUGAUGCAGCAACAAUCGUGUCUGUGGGCGGAGACAAACUAACCCUUUCUGUGAGUGGAACAACAACGAUGAAUCCAUCGAUGGACGACAACGUUACUGUAACACAUUUCUCUUUAGACAGUUGGGGUCAAAUCGAGCAAAAGACAACUCAGUUGAAUCCUAAAAUUUCAAAUCAAUCCCAAAAUCCUUUCAAUCCAUUUACUAGUGAUAACAGUAGCGACGUCACUACAAAUGUUUCGGAAAGUACUGAAGAAGACGUAAAAACAGAAGAGGAAAAAAAAGCGAACACAAACCCGUUCAUAGAUUCCAAUCCAUUUUUGGGAUUACUGAAUCCAUUUAAGGAGGUACAAUCUUCUGUCGAGAAGAAAGUUGAACCUGAGGUGGAAAAAAAUGGAGCAAGAGUUGUAAAGACUGAAGAAAUCCAAACAACGACUACAACUCUCACACAUAAGGAUGACAAUUCUGCUGUUUCUGACAUCAGCCCUUGGCUGGUAGCUGAUCCAUCACAGACAACGACCACAGAUCAAACUCCCAUCAAGCAUACUAUUAUUACGAGGAAGACUGUAAUCACAACUCAACUCUGAAGUAUUGUCUAAUGCAACGCAUGAAAAGUACGAAAUAACCAAGGUAUUUAUUAAAUUAUAUCUUCCUUGGAUUACAUAUUGAUUUUCUUAAAGUGCCUGCAAUAAUAUGAUAUUGGUGAUUUAAAGAGGUUCGACAGAACAUCUUAAAAUUUAAAUGGGACCAAUCAAACAUUUUACGCUUAAUUUCGUGCAACUAUUUGAAAACCUAAUGAUUAGCAGAAAUUAUAUACAUUAAAUUCAUAGAAAUUUUUUAAGAAUUAUUUAAAUUACGAAGGAUUACUUUGUACAAAAUAUAUAUCGCUUAAAAAAUGAAUUACUUCCUAAAUGCACAGUAGAAAUACUGAAAGCAAAAAGUACAUUAUAAGAAAUACUAUUCCAUACUUUAAAUGGUUAUAUUUUUUUUAUGAUUAUAUUAUUUUUUAUUUUGAAAUAUUGUUUUUUUUUACAAACUUCUGCCAUGCAAGUUGUUUAAUUGUGUUCUGCAUUUAUUGUAGAGUAAGAUAAUUAAUUGUUAUACAAAUUUAAGUGUCCUUUCACCCUGUUAGCAUGUUUAGUACAUAUGCAUACAUUAAAGAAUAAUGUAUGGUGCUUUUAUUAGAAGUUACAAGACAUUUAAUCGAGGGUAUGCAAACUUUUGAAAUAGCGUCUUAUAAAAAUAUAUUUUUCACGUUUUUUACCUAAUUAUAUUUAAUAUAAAGUUAUAUAAAUUAUAAUUAAAAUUAAUAAUAUUGCAUAUAAUUCCUGAACAAAGUUUGGAUACCCAGUAGUAUAAUAAAUGUAUUUAAAUUCCUCUGAGAUAGUAUUUUAUACUUGCCAUAGUGCCUUUAGUUAUAAUGAAAAAAGAGAAAAACUAUUGUAUUCCAAUUUUAUACUCAUCCCAUUUGAUUGACAUUUUAUUUAUGACAAAUAUUUUAAUCGACGACAGAGUUUUUUCUGUGAAAUAUCGAAAAGAUAUAUUGUAUAAUUUGUGGUAAACAGGCUGAUUAUUUAAAUCGGUUUACCAUAUACUACAUAGCGUACGAUAUGGUGAAAUUUUACCGUUUAUAUGUUUACAAUAUUUUGUAAUUGAUAUACGUAUCAGUAUUUCGUAAAAAGAAACUAGUAAAAUUAAUUUUAAAAAAAUCUAGCAAUCAUGUAUAAAUCAAAGAUCUGAUAAAACCAAUUGUAUUAUGCGAAUCAUAAUGUACGAAUGCCACUUGAAAAGCAAUUAAACAAUAUAUUUAAUUGUCUCUCUUUAUGAAAUAUAAAUCAUACAGAAGAAAAUUCGUUUUUUUUUCGACGAAUUUUAUGUGAAAGGCUGUUGAAGUACUUAUUGUAUUCCAUUUACAAGCAUUUAUGAAAGUAGAUUGGGGCGCUAUAUUAUGUUAAUUUUGUGUAUUUAAAUAUAUUGUAUUUAAUAGCAAUAAGUCAAGUACAUAUAAUACUAUUAUUUGAAGAUCUAAUAUAUCUAUUACCUGUGUUUACAGUGCUAUUAUUAACCAAUACCCUAAUGUAUUCCGUCCUAAAGUGUUAUAUACA